UGACACUUGUACAGUUCUUUGUUUUGGAGUAAAAAAAAGUGGGUGUUACGAAAAAUUUCUAGCAAUUAGAACUGGAAAUAUAACAAAUUAAUUAUUAAAACAAAAAACUAAGGAAUCUCUAAUCUAAUGUGAAUCGAGUACAUGUGACAAAAGGACAAAAUUUGUCCAAUACUGAAGUAAAACAACAAGUGCGUUAUUUGUUUAAUUUCUCAUUAAAUACAAGCAGACAAAAUGCCGAUUUUAUACAGUGUUGUCGCUCGUGGACCGACAGUUUUGGCAAAAUAUGCUUCCUGUGCAGGGAAUUUUGAAGAGGUCACUGAACAAAUUUUGGCGAAAAUUCCACCAACCGAUGACAAAUUAACUUACUCUCAAGGACCAUAUUUAUUUCACUAUAUUUGUGAAAAUAGAAUUAUUUACAUGUGCAUCACUGACGAUGAUUUUCAAAGAUCUAGGGCAUUUCUUUUUCUCAACGAAAUUAAGAGAAGGUUUCAGGCUGUUUAUGGAGAAGGUGCCCUAACUGCAUUAGCAUAUGCAAUGAACACUGAAUAUGGACGUGUUUUGGCUAACGAAAUGAAGCAUUACAGCGAAUCUAAGGAUAUUGACACACUAUCGAGGGUUCACGGAGAAUUAGAUGAACUCAAAGACAUUAUGGUUAAGAACAUUGAUAAUUUAGCAAUGCGAGGAGAAAGAUUGGAGUUACUUGUAAACAAAACAGAAAAUUUGUCCGCAAAUUCCGUGACAUUCAGAAAGACAAGCAGAAAUCUAGCACGCUCUCUAUUUUGGAAAAACGUUAAAGUUUACGUCAUUAUUGCUGCCGUUAUCAUCGGAAUUAUUUAUAUCAUAACAUCGAUAGCUUGCGGAGGUCUAUUGUGGUCAGAUUGUGUCAGUCAUGGCAACAAUACCAAAAAUUGAAUCAAAAGUAUCAAUUUUCAUCAGCAUUGAACGACUUUCACUGCUACAAACAGACACUGAUAUUUAUUUAUAAAAAAAAAACACCAGUGUAAAAAAAAAUUGACUAUCAGGUGCAACCUAUUAUGAAAUCUAGAUAUAAUUUUUAGUAUGAAUAAUGUUUCGUGGGUUAAAAUUAAAUCUGUACAUAAAUUAAAUCAUUCGCUAAAUAAUUUUUUAUACAAGAAUAAAAGAAUAUGAUGAUGAUGAUGAAAAAAA